AUGUCGCUCGCCCCGCUGUCUGCGCCAGAGCGCAAACAAUCUCCCCAUCUCAACCUGGGCUCCAAUAAUCCCUUUCGAAAUCGUGCCCUCUCUUCGACCAGCAGCACCUCUCCUGCUUCCCCGGGGCCCAACAGUCGUCCGGAGAGACCACGGUCUACGAAUCCCUUCUUAGACGAGACAGAGAUGCAGUCCGCACAGGAAGGAGCAGGGAGCAACCACAAUUUUGUCGGCAACGCUGCCGAGCUUUUCGAGAACCUCUCGCUUGAUUCCUCAAAACCCAAAGAGCGCAGGCCAGCCCCUCCCCGUCCGGACAAGCCACAGCCGCGGUCUCGCUCCCGAGAACGAUCGGACACGCGGGAAAAGGACCCGUUCGACAUUUUCGCAGACCCUCCGGAUACGAAGCGCCGCUCCCCGUCCAGACCUCGGGAUGGACGUCCUCGCCCCCGUCGAAACUCGGAAUCGUCGAUCAUGGAGAAGCCAAAAUAUCUCGAUCCGGAAGAAGAGAAACGACGACGGGAGAGAAAACACCGCGACCGAGAGGGCCGGCACCGCGAUGGAAAGCAUCGUUCAUCACGACGAUCCCCUAACUACAAGCUCGACGUGAUCGAUAAGCUGGAUGUCACCAGCAUCUAUGGCACUGGCUUGUUCCAUCACGACGGUCCCUUCGACGCGUGCAAUCCCCACCGUAAUCGCAAAGGUUCCCGAAGGGCACCAAUGGAUGCGUUUCCGAAAGAUUCCAAGAACAUGGCGCUGGGCGGCAUCGGGCCUAAUAACUCGGAGAUGGAUCUGGCCCUGUUUCACGGUCAAACAUCCGAAGGCUACUUGGAUUACUCGUCAAGUGGGACGAAGAAAGAUGCAGUGCCUUUUGACCCAACCACGCGAAUUGAGCCCAUUCAUGGUGCGGAGAGUAUGGGUCUCGGCACCAGUACGUUCCUGGAGGGCACGCCGGCGAGCCGCGCCGCCAUCGAGCGACGUCAGAGCGAGAAUGAAGCGGAGAUGGCGCAGAACGGUGGGCUGCAACGCAAGAAGAGUCUGGCGCAGAAGAUCCGGGGCAUCAACCGGUCUGCGUCUGCCCGAGUGACAUCCCCGGAACCAGUCCGGACCAGUGCCGCAAGCUCUGGACCGACUAGCAGCAGCUCCUACAAGAACAAUGACAAGAACCCCUUCUUCCAGGACUACGAUGAGGAGUACGAUAAGAAGGGGGCCAAGAUCGAAGAGGCCGGACGCAGCCGGGCUUCCAGCAGCCCGAAGCGAACGGCUGGAUUGGAACGGAGAAUCACAGACGACCGACCCAGCGGCUCGGGUGGUGGAGAGGAGAAGAGUAACGGAGGUGGCUUCAUCAGCCGGAUGAAGAGUAUGAGAAAGAGCCGUCCCGAGAGGCGGACUACAUCUGAUUAA